AUGUCCAAAGGGAGUGUUUAUAACACCGUUUCUUUCUUAAUUUUAAUCUCAUUUUUACUGGGACUUAAUCCAAGUUACUUUAAAAAUACCGGAAAAUGGAGAAUGCUAAAAACUAAUAAAUACUGCAGCGUGGUUAUAAUUUCGUAUCUAUUUCUUUUCGCAGUUCUGGUACACUUUGCAAGCUUGGAAAAAAAUCCACUUUUCGAUGGACAAUUAUACAGUUUUAAUACAUUUGCAAAAUUAUUAAUUUACGUAGUGGCUCUAAGUGGAGUUUCUGCUGUAUUUAUAAUGCUCGCGUUUAGUUUUUUUUACAAAAAACACUUUACAAAUUUUGUUAACAAUGUUGCAGUGUUGGAUGAAACACUAAGAAAGCUUGGGCACACUAUUAAUCAUCAACUAGAUUUUUACUUUUGUUUGAUUAUGACAAUCAGUGGACCAUUUUUAAUAAUCGGUAAUAUUUCAAUGGAAGUUUGGAAUAUGCCACGAGAAAAUAUCGAACCCCUCCCGGAUACCUUACUUGCAUGUCAUAUGCUUUCUUUUUUGAUGGUCCAUCAAGGAGAAACGCAAUUUGUUGUCGCUAAUAUUAUUCUGCAAUCGAGGUUCAAAGUGCUUAAUAAAAUUCUUGAAAAAUUAUGCGAAAAAAGAUUAAGAAGCAAUAGCGAAAAAAAUUUUGUUGUAGCUAAAGAUACAAGAAAUUUGAAAAUUGAUGAGCAAAUAGUAGAUUUUUGUAUGAGAUGCCACGAUAAGCUUUGCGACAUGUGUGCUGUUGUUAAUAAGUUGUAUGGUUUUCCGAUUAUAGUUGGGUGUGUUAUUCAGUUUAACACCAUCGUUUUUUCUUUUUGCUACUGCUACUAUAAUAUUUCUAUUCGACCUAUUUCUACACUUGGGUGGUUCUUUUGGUCAUUGCUACGCGUCUACGAACUUGCAAGAAAAGCUGCAUUUGCACAUCUUAAUUCAAAUGAAGCUCGAGCUACGUUAGACUGGGUCAUAAAACUCAUUAUUCGUUCAGAUUCUACUCUUGAAGAAAAAUUACAAAUUUUUGCAUUACAACUAACACAUAGAGCGCCUUCAUUUACAGCACUUGGGUUUUUUACAAUAGACGGCAGCUUCGUUUUUACUGUAAUUUUUUUCGUAAAUUGUCAAAUUUUAAAAAUUUGUUUUAGUUCGUGGGAGCCGCCACAACAUACAUCACAAUUAUUUACCAAUUUCAAGUGAAUAAACCAACUUGUGGGCCAUAAAACACGAAAUCUUCGAAUUUAACCAUUAUUUAUUAGCAAAAGCACAAUAAAUUAUUUAUUUGUAUGAAUUAAUAAUUCGAUCAGCUUCUCUAAAGCCGGUCUCGAUAGCCCCAUGCACAGUAGAGUAAAAAUAGGGAUGCGAGGCCUCUCCCGCAAACUGUAAAAUAGG